CAGGAGUCUCGUGAUUUUGUAUAACUGUAUACAUAAAUAUGUGAUAUAUUGAUAUUGGUUUUAUCAUCCGAUUCCAUUGACCCCUCGUCAAGAUUAUUACUCAAAAUCAUUUUUCCUCCAGUCAAUGCUGGUGUAUAAUAAAUGAAUUAAGCUACGUAAAGUUUUUUAGAACUCGAAAUUAAAUUUAAAAAGCCACGAAAAUGGAAAAACUGUCCGAUUUACACGAGUCCCGUUGGAGUAAUGUUUUCAUAGACGAACCUGCAGUGAACAAUAUUGUCAAGCAAAUUGUUUACAGAGCCAGCACGAUUCAAGGGGAUAACAAAAUUGCUUGGCUCUUGAAAGCAAUAACGUGCAUCGAUUUAACAACUUUAGGGGGGGAUGAUACAGAAACGAAUGUUAAAACACUGUGCAUGAAGGCUGUCAAACCUAUAAAAUUACCUUUUGAGUGGCCCAAACCAAUACAUACUGCGGCAAUCUGUGUUUAUCCGACAAAAAUAAAAUUUGCAAUUGAUGCGUUAAAAGUAUUGGAAAGCAAUGUACCUUGCUAUGAAGAUGGUAUCAAAGUUGCCAGUGUUGCAGCGGGCUUUCCUACAGGACAAUAUCCGCUAGUCUCACGAUUGGCUGAAAUCGAAUUUGCAGUGUUGGAAGGGGCAGACGAAAUUGAUGUGGUGAUAGACAGAUCUUUGGUUCUGGCUCAUCGUUGGGAAGAUCUUUACAGCGAGUUGAAAGCCAUGAGAAGAGCCUGUGGUGAAACUUGCAUGAAAACAAUAUUGUCUGUCGGUGAAUUGCCCAGUCUCACGGACGUUUACAUCGCUUCUAUGAUUGCGAUGUACGCGGGCUCAGAUUUUAUUAAAACGUCAACAGGAAAAGAGGCAGUCAAUGCAACUUUACCUGUGGGAAUAGUCAUGUGUCGUGCAAUCAGAAAUUAUUAUAGACAGGAAAAAAGAAAGGUUGGAUUUAAACCUGCUGGCGGUAUAAAGACCGUGAUAGAGGCCCUGCAAUGGUUAGUAUUGGUGCAAGAUCAACUGGGACAUUUGUGGUUAAAAGAAGAUUUGUUUCGUAUCGGAGCCUCGAGUUUGCUAGACGACAUUGUGAAAGCAAUCAAAUAAAUAUACUUUUAUAUGCUUGUAAAUACGUUUGAAUUUUGGAAUUAAUUUUGCUGCUACAAUUUUUCACGUUCUGUACUUUUUUACGAUCAAAUAAAAAAUUGAUAUUUUAUUUA